AUGAGCACUGACUUAGAUAAAAAAAUACGUAAAAAACAAACACAAUUAUAUGACAACAAAGAAAGUGUUUCAAAUAGAAUAAAGGCGUGUAUUGCAUUAAGUGAAAAGAUGAAUCCAGAUGAAUUUUAUUUAUUUAUUAAACGAGAUAAACAAGGAUUUGCUGGAUUUAUAAUAGAAAUAACACAGUAUGUUCAAAAUCAUACAAAGAAAGGGAAAGUAUCAGUGUCAGUGAAAGAUGCAAUUAACCAUAUAAAAAUAUUAAAUAUAAUGACAAGUAUUUAUCAAUUAAAUGAACUAACUGUUUUUGAUUUAUAUCAAAAAUUUUUAUUUAAUUAUCUUAAAAUUGAAACACAUCCAGAAGUUAGAGAAGCAGCAUUUAGUUUUGUUAUUGACUGUUUCUUUAAAUAUGGUGAACAAGAACAAUUAACUGAUAUGUUUAUUAAAACAAUUAAUUUAGGACAAUUAUAUAAUAAAUCUACUGAUUUUCCAGUAAGUAAACUGGAUUAUGCAGAAUCAUCAUAUUGUCCAUCAGAAACAGAUAUAGAUCAAUAUUCAAUGACAAUCAAAUUAAUUACGUCAUUUCUUAAACUUGUUAAAGUACCUUCACAAUUUGAUAAAUUAUUCUUUUUAGUAGAAGUAAUGUUAUCAUAUAUUUAUCCUAAUUUUGCUGAAGAGGCUCAAUAUAAAUAUAAAUUAAAUCAUCCUAAUAUUGGUAAAAAAGGUGAAUUACCUCCUGCUUCACUUGAUAAAUUUGUUCUUGAUUCUUUUAAAGAUUUAAUGUCUUCUCCUAUUGCUGAUAGAUUAAAAACACGUCCUGCAUUUGUUUUAUUCAUUAAACACUUUUAUAUUUAUGUUUUACAAAUUACUCCAGAAGAUAUUACUCAUGCUGUUAUCAUUGCCACCAUUCAAUAUUUCACUGACCUUUUCAUUUCAAAUCCUUUCACUUCUCAACCAAAAGAAGUUGUUUCAGAACUUCAAAAAUAUUUGAUUGAAAGUAUUACAACAUUAUUUGAUAAACCUUUUGUUAUUGGAAAUCAAUCAGUAUCAAAGAUUCUCAUUGAAGAAAUUAAAAAUCAAAUUAUUAAAUUAGCAUCAAUUGCCAUUAAUGAUGAAAUAAAACAAACCAUCAUUGAAACUGUAUUAAAUUGUAUUAAUAUUUUAGUAAAAGCAAAUUUUGGUAAUAGUGUUGGUUCAUUUGUUGAUUUAAUAUUUAUUCUUUACAUAAAAUGGGAAAGAACCAAUGAUGAUUGGGUUCAACUUAGAAUUCGUUUGUCUAAUCAUUAUAAUGUUAGUUUUGUUAUGGAUCAAAUUGCUAUGAAACUUCGUCAUUGUACACGACUAGUACUAAAAGAUUUUUAUUCUCCUCUUUUAUUGGAAAACACUGAUGAGGUAAUAGUUGGUACUAAGAAAGUUACACGUUCUACUCAUCUUGAUUUUCCUGAUGAGAUUUUUAUUGCCCCUCCAUUAGAUGAUAAAUUCAGUUAUUAUUUUCCAAACCUUGGAGGAGAAAGUGCAUUAAGGUUAUGGUAUUGUUUUUAUUCAUUAUUAUCAGAUAUUAAUGAACAUCCUAAAGAUGAUAGUUAUGAAAAUGGAAUUAAAUUAUUAUAUGAGAUUUUCUGUUUAUUCAUAAGAGCAGAAACUAAAGUAUAUCAAUUUUAUGAAAUUAUUAACCCAAAACGAAUUUAUCUUGUUGAUGAUUUCGGAAAAAUCUUUUUUGAUGCUUUAAAAGAAGAAGUCAC